CAUAUCAAUCUUUCAAUCAAUCAUCAAUCGAAUAUAACUUCACGAUUUCCUUCAUGGAAAUCAUCACCAUCAUAUAUAUCAUAUGCAAUGCAUGAAAUGCAGACUCUCCAUUUAUUAUUAAUUUGCGCGCUAAGGUCACCAUACGCCCACCCCGCUCGAGCUCAUCAUCUUAGUGGUUAUAUCAAAAACCAAAAUCUCAUCCAAUCUAGGAUUAUCAUAAAUCCUUUCAUUAGGACCGCAGCCCAAUCAAUCUCAUAGGGGUAGGCAUAGGCCCUUCUAUGUCUAUGUGAUUUAACAUGAUCAAACAAUAUCAAUUUCUCUCUUCCAUCAUAUCUCAAUCGAUCCAAGAAAUCAAUAGCGUCCCAUUGAUAUUCCCAGUC